AUGAUUUCCUUCACUCAAGCCUUUGUUUCUCUUCUUACUACGACACUUAUUGGUCAGGUCCAGGCGGUUGAUCCGCUAGUUGACCUUGGCUAUACUAAACUCCAGGGUGUCGCCGAGCCGGGUGGAGCGACCCGGUGGUUGGGAGUUCGAUAUGCUGCACCGCCGCUAGGCCAGCUGCGGUUCGCCGCACCGACUGAUCCUCCCAACACCACAGACAUCGUGGACGCGUCUAAUUUUCGGCCGAUAUGUCUCGCCCGCAGCGCGUCGGACUUCACAAUGAAGCCCAACAAGCGCUUCACAACUGACGAGGACUGCCUUUACGUCAAUGUGUUUGCGCCUUCUAACGCGAAGCCGGACUCCAAGUUGCCGGUCAUGUACUUUAUCCAGGGCGGAGGAUUCCAAUCCCUCUCGAAUGCCAACUUCAACGGGAGUGACUUGGCCAGGUUUGGAAACAUGCUUGUAGUCCAGGUCAACUACCGCGUUGGUCCGUAUGGUUUCUUGCAGAGCAAGGAGGUGCAGGCCGGCGCAAGUAUGAACAACGGGUUGAAAGACCAGAUUCAGGGGUUGAAGUGGCUGAAGCAACAUGCUGCUGCUUUUGGGGGAAACCCUGAUCAAAUGGUGGCUGUCGGAGACUCUGCUGGCGCAACCUCGGUUGCCAUGCUCCUCGCCGCGUUUGGCGAGAAUGACCCAGGCUUGAUCAAGGGCGCCAUCAUGGAAUCCGUCUCGGUAGCAACUGUCCGCACUCUCGAACAGGGCCAGGAGCAGUACAACUGCCUGACCAACGCUACUGGCUGCAACAAGCAGGCCGACACCCUCGCCUGUCUCCGCAGUCUCAACGCGACGGCAUUGCAGACGGAGGACUGCCAGUUCAACCCGAACCUGGAUGAUGACCUCGUCAAGGCGCCGACUCUGCAACGCUUCGCCGAGGGCAAGUAUCUCAAGGUCCCAACCAUUGCCGGAACUUGCACCGACGAGGGAACCAAAAAUGUCAAGCAGAGCACCGACACAGUCGACGACGCCCUCACGCAAAUCAACAACCAGGCAACUCAGUCCCUCAGCAAAGAAUCCCUGGCUCUGCUCCAACAGACAUACCUAGAUGUCCAACAGCCCGUCUUCCCAAAGGGCGGUAAACUGUGGCGUCAGCUUGCGACAGCUCACGGCGACUUUAGAGCGCACUGCAUCACCAAAAUCUUCCAGGACGCCCAGGCUCGCGACGGUGUAAAAACCUUCAACUACCGCUACGGUCCCAUAGACGACGAGCAAGAGGCCCUAGGCUUCGGGGCGUACCACACCGUCGAGCUAAACGGCGUCUUUGGUCCGAACAAUACCGACGGCGCCCCUCCCAAAUCCUACUCGACCACCAAUGCUCCCAUCGUCCCGCUGACCCAGGCGUACUGGGCCAGCUUUGUUCGCACCCUCGAUCCCAAUGCUGCCAAGAUCCAGGCCGGCAUGCCAGAGUGGCAGGCGUGGACUGCGGAGGGGAAGCAGAGGCUCCUGUUCCAGAACAACACUGGUACGAUGGAGGGAAUGCCCGUUCCUCAACAGGAUAAUUGCGCAAUGUUGGCCCCCAUGAUUCCGUUCAUCGAAACCCCUGCUUCGGAGGCUCAGAAGGCGUCGGUUCAGUUGAAGAAGGUCAAUUCCCAGGCUGCGCCUCCACAGACCCCUCCCAGGUCUCUGCCUGGAGAGGAAAUGGCCGCCUUACUGGCCAGGGCCCAGAUGGAAAUGAUGAACAAGGGCAAUGGUACAGGGAAAGGAAAAGGAGGGGGCAAGGGAAAGGGGAACAGUACCGAGCAUGGCGGAGGUAAGGGGAAGGGCAAGGGCAAGGGCAAGGGCGGUGAGCACGGCGGAGGUAAAGGAAAAGGCAACAGUACUGAACACGGCGGCGGAGGCAAGGGAAGAGGUAACGGCACCGAACACGGCGGAGGUAAGGGUAAGGGCAAUAAUACGGGGCACGGCGGUGGUCGGGGACCCGGUGGGAACUCCACCACGCCUCCGACCGUUCCUCCCAAAAGCCCUGCGGUCAAGCUCGGGUACGGUGUUAGCUGGAUGUGGUCAUCUAUUGCCGUUGUCUGUUUGGGCCAGUUCUUAUUGGCUUGA